ACAACAACGACGAUCACGACGACCACGACCACGACGACAAGGACGAGCACGGUGAUGUGGGUGCUGUCGUGGAACGACCGCUCGAUUUGGCUGCGUCCUGGCUCGAAACAUCUCUUUGGGAGAGCGACGACCAAACCGGAGGGCGUGGAGCGACACCACUACAUCUCGGACAAGUCCGUGUCGCGUAAGCACCUCUGGUUCAUUGUGGGCGACGCGAGUGACAGUACAGACCCCUGUAGCAAGAGCAGUAUCACCAUCGUUGGCGAGGGAAAGACGGGGACAUGGCUCGAUGAACAGCGGCUUCCUGCCGAUGAUCAGACCAGGACGCUGUCUGGGACGAAACACUCCUUCAGACUUGGCGGUUCAGACACCACACUCGUCCUUGAGUGGCGGCCCAUUCUGAUUGGCUUCACCGCUGGCGUCUCGAGGACCGCGAAAGCCAACGGGACAGCAUUGUCUGCAGAGCGCGCCACGUUUGCGGGCUGUGAUAUCAAGCUUGCACCGGACUACGUUGCACACCACACCACGCACACAAUUGCGAAAAAGCGGAAUACAGGCGCCGUUCUACAUGCUUUGGUGCAAGGGUCGUGGGUGGUGACAGUGUCUUUCGUGGAGGCACUGGCAGCAGCCUGCAAGCAGGAUGGCAAGGACCAAGACGGCAUACCGCGACCAAGCCUUCUCGAGCAGGACUUUACCAGGCACUGGCCGCGAGAGGAGGACUGCAUAUGUCCGAGCAGCACCGAGCCCGUAGCGCGAGACGAUAGCUGGCUCAAGCCUGAUACUGCCCGCGCGGAGCUAUUUAGAGACUACAUAUUCGUGUUUAUGGAUCGCUCGCAGCAUUCCACUUUGACGCCUGUCAUCAACGCUGCGGGCGGCAAAACGUUUUGCUGUGAAUUUCAGGCUGGCGAGACUUCCAUCGAGUCCGUUGUCGAUUAUGUGAAGGAGCUUGCUGGCAAGAAAGAUGCACUCAAUUUGUCGCUUAGCGGAGAGCCAGGGCCUGGUGGCAUUGUUACAGUACGCGUGAAGGAUGUGGAGAAGCUUCGUGAUUUUCACGUCGAGUUGGACAGCAUACUUGACCAAAGAUCGAUUGAGCAGACCGAGCUACUGGACAUCAUUCUUUCUAAGGAUACAAGUCUGCUACGCCAGCCACCACAAUCCCCGCCCAUGGGUGUGAGUGGAGCCGCUCGUCCUGGCAGUGCAAGUGACUGGCCGGUGACGAGCUCCAUCCCAGCUCCAUCAGGCAUUUCUGCAAUGCCGCAAACAGCGCCCUCCGCGGAAGAGGUAGCACAGCCAACUCGAAGCAUCGAGCCUGCACAGGAAUGCACUACGCAGCAGGCGGAAGAUGUGCUAGCGCCACCACCUGCUAAGAAGAGACGUAGAUUCGUAACACAAAAGAUCCGCUUUGACGACUUUGACCCCAGCGCAAUAGUGCAUAUAGCUUCGAAAUCACCAGAACCAUCGAUACCACAGCCAAGCCACAGUCAGGCGCCCGGCGCACAGGGUAGUGAUGUGGAUGCGACACGUCUGCAUUUUCCCACAAGCGUUCCACAGAAGCGGUCCGCCCCAGCCGUAGAAGAUGAGCCAGUACGGGAGACUGCAGAGCAGAGACAUGAACGCAUGUUCCCUGGUCAGGCAGCCUUGAAGCGUCGCAAGACAGAAGAAGCCAACAAGGCAGCCGCGUCCCGACCAGAGACGACUCCAGCACCAGAGGUGCCCAUCAGGAAGGAUGAGCCGAAGGCCGGCAAGACCGAAAGCAAAGCCAAGAGAGGGAAGAAGGAGGUUGACAACCUCCGAGCGAAGAUGCUCGCUAAAAGAGAGGCACAAGAAGAAGAGCACCGACUAGAUGAGGAAGAUCUGCGAAAAGGCAUUAAAGAAGAAGAGCUGCCAACAUUUGGUAAUCCUGACGAAUAUCCGGAUAGGUUUCCUAAGUUUGACUUGCCUGUACGGGAGUGGCAGCCAUCCAUCACCGUCAGCGAGAACCCUACAUGGGCUGGUCGACCAAAUUACAAAAAGUUCAAAAAGAAGAAGCCCAAUGGCCAAGAGAAUAUCGUGGAGGCGUCCGGUGAUGAUCCGCGACGCCAUAUUAUCGUUCUUGAGGACAGAUCAUCGCGUAACAGUGGACUGGGAGAGGAGUACUGGCUUGAACAUGGCGACGUGAACCCACGCAAAGUCAAACAGAAUAGCGACCAGUCCAAGUCUCGAACAGAUUCCCAAGCCCGCAUCGCGCAAGGUCGCGAUGGCACAUCACUGGUCGGCACUUCAGCCAGCCACGGCGAGGGUAGUGCCCGCGCGGUUGAUGACGAAGACGAACGCACCGUCUUUCGUCGGCGUCUGCAAAGUAGUCGAGAGAUGGACGAAGACGAGGCUCGAUCGAACAAGAUGUUCGAUGCUCCGCAAGGAUCGGAGAGUACGUCCAAGUCGACGAGCCAGUCUACACUUGGUACGGAGACGCAGAAGAAGGCUACAGGAAAGAGACCUGCCACGACUGGGCUGGCGGCGCCUGCGACGAAAAAGGCGAGACAGACCAUCACCACUUCCUACAGCAGUAGAACUGCCACGCCCGCUGCAGCGGAGUUGAGCGAGGAUGAUGAUCCCAGGGCUUUCCGAAGACGAAGACGCUAA